AUGAAGCAUAUAGUAAAGAUCUUGAGCCUGUUAGUGACAAUCUCUGCCUUUUGGAUUGGUCUUUUGCAAGCUGCAAUAGUUCCUCGAACCCAUACAUGGUUGCUACCGAUCUACUUUAUAGUAUCCCUCGGAUGCUAUGGUCUGUUAAUGGUUGGAAUUGGGUUAAUGCAAUUUCCUACUUGUCCUCAAGAAGCACUUCUCUUGCAAAAGGAUAUAGUAGAAGCUAAGGACUUCUUCAAGCACAAAGGGGUUGAUGUUGGAUCGGACUGA